AUGUCGAGCUGCUCCGAGAUUGAAAAAAGCGACUGCAGCCCUGGACGGACGGGCAGGGCCCCCAAACAAAGGAAGCUGGAAGAGAGAAAUUGGCGUAAUGAGACGACAAGGCCCAAAAUUUUCUCCCGCAACGACUACACAGUAGGAUGGAUAUCAGCAUUGCCGCUGGAGCUAGCGGCCGCCCAGGCAAUGCUCGACGAGUCUCAUGGUGAUGCUGGCAAAUUGGAGAUGGAUAAUAACACAUAUACGUUUGGCACUAUGGCAGGUCACAAUUGUGUCAUUGCAUGUCUGCCAGCUGGGGUAUACGGACAUACGUCUGCGACUACAGUGGCAAGUCAGAUGCGAUCGAGCUUCCCUUCCAUCAGCUUCUGGCUCUUAGUCGGAAUCGGAGGAGGCGCGCCAACCGACAAGGCCGACAUUCGACUUGGGGACGUCGUUAGCCCUGGAGUGAUCCAGUAUGACUACGGAAAGAUGAUUGGGGAUGGCAUAUUCGAACGUACAGGGAUCUUGAACAAACCGCCUACACUCCUUCUGACCGCCGUCUCUAAGCUUCAAGGGCAACAUCGGACUGAGGGGUGCUCACGCAUGUUAUCGUUAAUUGAUGAAAUGAUGAGCAAGUAUCCGCAGAUGAGCCCACGGUAUGGGCCUCAAGAUUCCGGAAGCGACGUGCUUUUUAAGGCAGACUAUGACCACCAGGAGGAGGACAGUUGCCAAAAAUGUAACCGAAGUUUCGCAGUGACGAGACCUGCGAGACAAUCAUGUGCACCGGUUGUUCAUUACGGUACGAUUGCCUCAGCAAAUCAAGUUAUGAGGCAUGCAGCCGUCAGGGAUCGGUUUGCAAGAGACCUAGGAAUUCUUUGCUUUGAGAUGGAAUCAGCUGGGCUCCUUGAUAAUUUUCCAUGUUUAACCAUCAGGGGCAUUUGUGAUUAUGCAGAUUCGCAUAAAAACAAAGAGUGGCAGGAACCUGCAGCGGCGACAGCAGCUGCCUAUGCCAAGGAAUUGCUGGGCGUCGUUUCACCAACAUCUCUGCGCGAGUUACAGACGCAUCGACUGCCAAAAUCUGUUCUCGAGCAUCGGGAACUUUGUCUGAAAGCGUUAGACUUUGACCGCCGAGGACAACGGGGUUUCGCAAUUAAAGACGCCUUUUCAGAAACGUGCACAUGGUUGCUCGGCCGGCCGGAAUUCCAAAAAUGGCUGGAUAGCAGAUUGCUCCAUGAGCACAACGGUUUUCUGUGGAUCAAGGGCAACCCCGGAACGGGGAAAUCAACCUUGAUGAAGUUCGCGUUCGAGAACACGAAGCAAAAGACGUUGGAUUCAGGCGCCAUUGUCAUCUCUUUUUUCUUCAAUGCGCGAGGAGAUGAAUUGGAAAAGUCUACCACGGGCAUGUAUAGGUCUCUUCUUUUUCAGUUGUUCAAUGGGUUACCCCGACUUCAAAAAAUAUUAGACUCGGAAAUAUCGCCGUCGAUGUUAAACUCGGGAAGCUGGUGCCUGGAGCUUCUGCAGUAUGUCUUUCGUCUUGUUAUUCGGAACAUGGCUGGGCAGCCUCUUAUAUGUUUCAUCGAUGCCCUGGACGAGUGCGAAGAAAGUGAGGUUCGAGACAUGGUCGACUAUUUUGGUGAGCUCAGUGAGCUCGCAGUUUCCGGGCUGGUAACGCUUCAUGUCUGUCUCUCCAGUCGCCACUACCCGCAUGUUACCUUUGACAAGGGACUUGAGAUGAUUAUGGAAGGGCAGAACGGACAUGGACAAGACAUCACACGCUAUCUGGAUCGUAAACUAGCGAACAUUAAACACAGAGAGAUUGCAGAAGUCAAGACGGAGAUCAUUGAAAAGGCGUCGGGAAUCUUUUUAUGGGUUGUGAUGGUUGUCGAUAUAUUGAAAAGGGCAUAUGACCAGGGUCGGAUGAGCGCCCUACGGAAAAGACUGCGAGAAAUCCCUCCGCGGCUCAAGGAACUGUUCAAAGACAUCCUGACGCGAGACAAGCAGAAUAUGGAAGACCUUCUUCUUUGCCUACAAUGUACGCUUUACGCGAAUAGGCCACUUAGUCCGGGGGAGCUCUUUUAUGCGGUACAGUCGCACAAAGAGGACGAGCUAGACUUGAUGGAACCACUGGCGGAUGAUGGUUCUGUCUGUCGCUUUAUCCUCAGCUCCUCCAAAGGCUUGGUAGAAGUGACCGAGGAGAGUCAAGAGACCGUUAGGAUUACCUUUCAAAGUAUCCUCUCCCAAGAGCCCGUUCAAGAAACAGUCCACAAGACCAUUCACAAGACCGCUCAGUUUAUUCAUGAAUCAGUCCGCGAUUUCUUGCUCAACGAAGGAGGCUUGAACGAGCUCUGGUGGGACACACGUGGUAGCAGAAUGCUACCAGGUCACGAAGUCCUUAAAGUCUGCUGCUGGAACUACCUAACAAAAGCGUACUUGUUCAAGGAAAGUAGGUUGCCUGACGAUAUUCCACCCCAGUGGAGGGGACAUGAGACCGCGGCCCUUAGGCAGAACACGUCAAAGAGCCUUCCAUUUCUGCAUUACGCUGUUAAUAACGUUCUGCAACACGCAGAGGCUGCAGAGCAGGCUGGUGUCUCUCAGACCGACUUUCUUUCCUAUUUCGAUACUUAUCAAUGGACAUACAUGCAUAACCUAUUUGAAACGGGCCGAUUUGGGAGGUAUGCCGAACGGACGAGACUCACAUACAUCUUGGCCGACAAAAAUCUCAGUCAUUUGCUCAAGGCGACGCUUGAGGCUUCGUCCCUCCAUGCCAUCUUCAAUAACUGGGACUGCCGCUACUGUGGAAGUUGUCUGCAUAUGGCUCGCCAUGCUCGUGGGAAUACACAACGCUGGGCCUCUCCAUUUCUCGCCGCUAUGGCCAGGCGCAAUCAACAGGUGGUCAGGGUGCUGCUCACAAUCAGGUGUACUUCAUAUGCCACCCAAAAGGAGGACUUGGCCGAUCUUUUCUCGCGCCCAUCCGGGUUGGAGCUGAUGAAAGAACGUAGAUCGAUCGGAUACGAUCCUACAAUCUUCGAAUAUGCAAUGACGACUCGAGACCUUCCGCUACUGAGGCUAGUGCUCUCAACUGGCCGAGUUGAUCUGUCAACAGCCAGAGUUCGAGGCAAGAAGCCUGUGAUGUUCGCAGUUGAAACCGGGGAUUGUCCCCUGCUUAUGACUAUGUUGGAUUUUGGUGCUGACCCAAAUGAACAUGACAUGUGGACUCUGGACAGUCCUCUCGGUGUUGCUGUUACAUUGAAGCAAGCCGACAUUGUACAGCUGCUCCUGGAGCGCGGAGCAGACCCUAGCCAAUCUGAAGUUUGCCACCGUCUUCCUUCGCUCCAUGAGGCGGUCAUGAUAGACCCACGCGUUAUCAACCAGCUACUCUUCGCCAGGGCCAAUAUGAAUGUCCAUGUUGCCGCUUGUCGGGAGUGUGUUCCAUGCAUGCGAUGGCUGUUCCAAGAGUGGGUCGACAUGAAUCCGAACUCUCAUGAUUCAGGAGGAUCUACUUCUCUACAUUACGCCUCAAGCCUCGAACUUUGCGAUCUCUUGAUAGAUGGAGGCGCAGAUCUCAAUGUAAGGGACAAUGAGGGAAGAACACCAAUAUUCUCUCUUGACUACGCAAAAGUACAACUACUUCUCCGCAGAGGAGCCCAAGUCAACAUCAAGGACAACAAUGGUUACACGCCUCUCAUGUGGGUUGCUGGUCUUGAAUGUUCUCGGCCACAGCUUAUUCAACUUCUGCUCGACAAUGGAGCUAAUCCAGAUGAAUGUACUGAUCUGGCAGACUCGGUAGAUGCUAUUGAUCCGGGUACCGUUUGA